AUGUCAGAGAAAGCUCAACCUCGGGCCCUCGCGAUCCCCGAGAUCGUAACCUCAAUCCUACAUCAAAUGGACACGCGCACGCUGCUCGCCGCCCAAAGAAUCAGUCGCACGUGGAAAGAUCUGAUCUGCAACACGCAGUCACUUCAGGAGGCCUUAUUUCUCCGACCAAGCAGUAAUGGCCAUGACCUCACCCCUCGAGUCGACAACCCACUGCUAGCAGAAGCGUUCCCUUCACUAUUCCGGUCGCCAGACCGGGACAAUGCGCAGGGACAAUAUAUUAGCCUAACGGAUCUUGCCUGGGAGAAAGACUCCACUACUCGAGCGAUGUUCAUUCGCCCAGAAGCAAGCUGGCGCCGAAUGCUUACACACCAACCACCUCUCUACCGAGCCGGUGCAUUCCAAUCCAGCUGCACACCUUUUGGCUGGGGGUGGAGUCAGGAAAAGGCAGGCAUUGCGGAAGAUGGACUCCGGAUGGCACCGCUCUUUGAAUACUUGAUUGAUCGAGACCCGGACGAUUGGGCUUACGGGAUGUCAAUCGAGAUCUUUUUCCCGUCUUCUUCCCCUAUCGGGCUCCUUGCAUUAGACAAAUAUAAGAAUUGGUGUGAGGCUUAUGGAGCCGAUUGGGCUUGGAGGGAAAUGAUGGGGCAAUUUGAUCUUGUGCUGCAGGUUGAAGGGAGUACUACCUGUACGUCUGAGAUGGAUUAUGAGGAGGAGCAGGAGGAAAGGGAAAAGGAGGCUAAGGAGAAGGGGGUGAAGCUUCCAGACACUGGUAUGGUUGUGUCGAAAAGAAUCUGUGAAUGUUAUCGGGAAUUGGGUGUGAAGAUGGAGGGCCUUCGGAUGGAGGAGUAUAAUAAAGGGUGGGGCAUGUGGGACUAA